AUGCAGUACUUCGACGUCUCCGACUCAGAGAUCCAUCCAGCGUACAAUGCCGCCAAUCUGCACAACAACAUCGGCAUCCUCAUCAUGCCAGAAAACAUUCCGCCAUUCCUUGCCUUGCCAAUCUCACUGCCGCCCGACAAUAUCAUCAGCAGUCCCAUGUACACGUACUACGGCUUCGGCAUCACAGACCCAUCGGACUUCAACUCCAUCCCAGACAUUGUCAAGAUGGGCCACACGAAUUCCCUGCCGCAAGAGGCCUGCAUAGCCAUCUUCGGCGGCCAGCUCAUCACCAACGGCACCUGGUGCGGUGGCCAAUUCAUGUCUAGCCUCUGUCACGGUGAUCAAGGCGGACCUGUGAUCCACGUCCUGCUGAACUACCUCGUGGGCCUGAGUAACUUCUGGAUGAAUCCCUGCAAUAGUGGCAAUCCCGACGUCUUCGUGCGCGUGGAUUAUCACAUUACCUGGAUCAACACCAUUAUCGCGGCUCCAAUUUCCUGA